ACGCGCAUGCUCGUCUAAUUUGAAUGGGACCUCAUCCUAGUGCUGAGAUGUUGGACGAAAACAUGAACCUGAACUGCCCCUCACCAUUAACCGCCUGGCUACUCUCAGAGGCGGAGGUGGAGUCCGGCACCAUCACAGCAGACGACCUUACAUCACUAACAACAACACAGCAAACGCUUCCGACGCUCACAUCGGUCAUGACGUCAGUGGCGGAGCAGGCGUUGAUAAAUUCACGCAUGACGGAAGCAGAGCUCGGAUCAUCGCCGCAAAAAUAUACAGACUAUCAGAAUAUGACGUCAUCGUGCGACACAUUCCAGGAUUUAUCACCGAUGACGUCAUCAUCAUCACUGUCCAAUGAAGCAAUAGAGAAAAUCGCCUCGGCGAUUACAACCAUUCCUAAUGAAACAUUAGAAAAAUUUGCCUCUGCAAUCAGCACUGCCUCAGAUUUAGCAAUCUCAAAACUCACUUCCGCCAACGAUCAGACACUUGUGACGUCACUUCCGUUAAGUGACCCGCCAUCUUACGAGGAUCACAUGGCGUCUUGUAAAGGGUGUGCUAAAAACAAUAAUAACGGACACAGUCAUGUGAAAAUGGAGCGUGCUACUUGUCAAUAUUCUUUCGGAUACGGCGGUCAAAGUUCACAGAUGUCUUCGCCGCCUUUAUCGAAUUUGCCCAUAAAAUUAGAACAACAAGAGCCACCCGUGGGAGCUGCAAAUACAUUUCCAUUAGAUCUCACGCAAUCGAGUGAUAUGUUCAAGAUGCCGCAGUCUUUCCCGAUCCCGACCGCUGGCGGUCAGAUCCAACUAUGGCAGUUCCUCCUCGAGCUCCUGACGGACGGGCGUAAUACCAGUUGUAUCGCGUGGGACGGGCCCAACGGAGAGUUCCGAAUGGUGGACCCGGAAGAAGUCGCGAGACGCUGGGGAAAGCGAAAGAACAAACCAAAUAUGAAUUAUGAUAAGCUGUCAAGGGCACUCAGGUAUUAUUACGACAAGUUGAUCAUGACGAAGGUACACGGCAAACGAUACACGUACAAGUUUAACUUCAAGGUCAUCUAUCAGAACAGCCGCCCCACCAUGGAUACCGCCGGCCUCGCCCUGAGCCAGGCCAUGCAACAGCCUGAGGUCCAGAACGGUUACAUCACAGCGCCGAAGUAUGAGAUGGACCACGGGUACUUGGCUGAUGGUCGUAUGCUGGACAUGCAGGAUAGCUGGGGGCUCAAGCACUACCCACCACCGCCGUAUCCUGCGUACCAAAACUACGGAUUUUACCCACCUUCCGGUAUGAUACAGCCGAUGGUGUCGCCACUUUAUUACCAACAGUAAAUCUGAAAUGCUUCCGACGAUUUACUUUUUGUCCAAUCAGCACUCUGAAGAACUUUUCCUCGUCCAAUCAGUUGAUGUGAACUAUUUUGCUGCCGAAUCUGUCAUGGCUGACUGGACCAUUAUUGCCACCCGGCGACUUUUUUGUGAACAAUCGCCUCAGAUUUAUGCAUGAUGUGAAGUGGACCAUUUUGCUUGGUAUUCCUUUUGCUUUGGGUACCGUGUGUCACCUGGUCAGUGGCGG